AUGGAUUACCUUCAAAAGAUUCGUUCAUCUGUUGCCGCCCAAGUCCAUUCUGUAGCUGCCCAAGUUAAUUUAGCUUUGCCAGGUAAUCCAAUUCUUCGUGAAUAUACUGUUGGACAACAAGUUGCUACUGCUGGUCCAGGUUUGUGUUGGAAAAUAUUUUCGGCUACAAGAAAUUCUACAAAACAGGAUGUUUCUGUGUGGAUUUUCGAAAAGAAGCAAAUGGAAAAUUGGUUAAAAGUGAAGAGGGAGGAAUUUCCUGAAGUUUUAAAAAGAGGUGUUAGCCAAUUGACAAGACUUAUGCAUCCAAGAAUUUUGAGAGUAGAAAGAGCUUUGGAAGAAUCUAGAGAUUGUUUUGCUUUUUGUACAGAGCCAGUAUUCGCAAGCCUUGCCAAUUGUUUUAAUGAUUUUGGUAAUAUGCCUUCCACCACAAAAUGUUUAAAGGACUUUUCUUUGGAAAGUAUUGAAAUUCGCCAUGGGUUAUUUCAGUUAUCCGAAGCUUUAGCUUUUCUUCACAAUGACACAAAAAUGGUUCAUUCAAAUAUUUCUCCCAGUUCAAUAAUUAUAAAUAAAAAAGGAGAUUGGAAAUUGGCCAGUUUUGAUUUUUGUAUAGUUGGGGUUGUUUCUACACAAGAAAAGGUUUUUUUUAAAAAUUUUUUUCUGAAAAUUUUUAAAAAGGUCAUUUUCGAAAUACCCAACUGGAGCAGAAAUUCAAUCUCUGCUUUGUGCCCAGACCUCGAUUAUGUUUCUCCAGAACUUGUUCAGGGUGACACCUUUGACUAUUCUUCAGAUAUCUUUUCGCUUGGAAUGCUUGCCAUUACUUGUUUUAAUAAAGGAAAGUCAAUUAUGGAAAGUCAAAAUUCUUUUGCUUGUUAUCGAAAAAUGUUUGAAAAUUUGAGACAUUCCAUCCCUUCCAUUUUACAAAAUAAACAAGUGCCAGAAGAAUUACAAGACGUAUUAAGUAAAUGUCUCAAUCCUGCACCAGAACAAAGACUUCCCGUCAUUCAAUUUACAAAAUUAAAAUAUUUUGAACAUCCGUUAGUUAAAACUUUAAAUUUUUUGGAUUCGAGGAAUGCUUUGGAUGUGUCUCAAAAAAUUCAGUUUUUCAAGAGUUUACCAAACAUAAUUCCACAAUUCCCUCUCCGUGUUCAACUUCAAAAAAUUUAUCCUCAUUUGGCUGGAGAAUUUGGAACACCAAUUUUAAUACCUUUUAUUUUGGAAAGUGUUUUUAUUAUUGUAGAGAAUUGUAAUAGUGAAGAAUUUGUAGAAGAGAUAAUGCCUUCACUUGUUUUAGUAUUUCCUAUACAAACACCUUAUCAGAUUGGCCUAUUAUUAUUAAACAAAGUCGAUUUAUUCUUAAAAAAGAUGCCUACAACUUCUUUAAAACAACAUUUAAUUCCUCUAAUUUUUAAUUCGUUGAGUAAUGAAAGUACUAAAAUACAGGAGCUUUGUCUGUUGGAAUUGCCUAGAUUAGUUAAGUAUAUUGAUAGAGAACAAAUGCAUACCCAAUUUUUACCUAAAUUACUUCGUAUGGUGCUUGAGGCGAAGGAGAAUAAGAUUCGUAUAGAAACUAUUGCCUGUUUAUCCAAAUUAUUAAAUAAUUUAGAACCUUGGAUGGUUGCUGAUCAAUUACUUCCUUCUUUACCUAAAGUUAAUAGCAAAGAUCCGGGUGUUUUAAUGGCUGUUUUAGGUCUUUACAAAUUAAUUUUUGAAAAUGAUCGAUUUGGAAUUAGUAAAGAACAAUGUGCCAAAAGUGUCAUUCCCUUUUUGGUCAGUACUUCAAUUGAAGCUUCUUUAAAUCUUUCAAAUUUUAAUCAAUUUGUUGAUUUUAUACAUUGUCUUCUUGAUAAAAUGACUGCAGAACAUAAACAUUAUUUGGGGAAGUUGAGUGCUAGUCAGGAAGAACAAAGAGAAGUCAACAAUUUUAUCGAUUAUUUAAAUAAUGGAAAAGUGUUGGAGGAAAUAGUAUCAAAUGAAGGAUCGCCUAUAAAACAACAACAACAAACAGCAGCAGGAGUAUCAAUGGAUUUGGGCGAUUUAGAUUUUUUGGUGGGCAGUGGAACAACAAAAAAGAAUGAGGUUUGGAAACUUUAUUGUUUAAAGGGUUGUCGAUUCUUGGAAAAAAUUUUUUUUCCAACGGUUAGGGAGAUACAUAUAUUGGUAAAGAGAUAUAUCGGUAGGGACAGGCUCAUAACCAGGAUUUUUUUGAGGGGGGGGGGCAACUUGAGCUCCGGACUUUCCCCUCCUGGCUACGGGCCUGGGUAG